GCGAUUUUUUUUAGGUACAUUCAAGCUGCUUAAUGACCACGACAACAGCAUUUCUUUUUGGACCUUGGUCAACAGGACUUCGAAUUCUCAUGGACCUUAAAGCAAACUUCAGCUGUGGAAACGUUUAAUGACUCGAGUGAUGUAGCAGAAAAAACAAGAAUAUCUAAACACGAAGCAUGUUUACUUCCAUGUGGAAUUUCAUCAAACGCCACAAAAAGAAGUGUAUCUUUAGUGGUUUUCUCGUUGGAGGUGGUGUCUUCUUGUACAAAUAUGCACAAAGAAAAUUUAAAGAAAUCCAAGAAAAAGAAGCAGCAGAAUGUUUGAAACAUGCCAGACAACAGCACCAUUUUGACAGUAAUCAAAGAACAUGUAAUAUGACAGUAAUAUCAAUGCUCCCUACACUGAGAGAAGCUCUGAUGAAGAAAUUUGAUACAGAAGCUGUAAAAGAAUCUCUCAAGAACAGUCCAGAAAAUAAACUAGAGUUAUGGGAAAAACUAAAAGUUAUCAGUCUGACCAGGAUCAUUUGCGUGUUGUACGGUUGUAGUAUCCUUUGUCUUCUCCUGCGUGUGCAGCUCAACAUCGUCGGGGGAUACAUGUUCCUGGACAAUGUUUUCAACCGCAAUGGGAUGACUCAGAAUACGGCAGUGGUACCAAAAGAACUUCAAGAAAAAUACCUGUCCUUAAUACGACACUUCAUGGAUUACGGGCUCUAUCAGAUGUGUGAUCUUAUCCAUGAAGCUGUAGAAAAAGAAAUUAAAAGUGUGUCCCUGAAGGAGUGUUUGUCCUUACACAACCUUAAAGCCAUCACAGAUCAGAUCCGUGAGAGGAUAGAAAGUAGUCCCGAGAUCUCUGACCUUCAGUCGCCUACACUCAUGUUGUGUACCUAUAUGUUACCGUCGGAGGGAAACACAAGUCCAGUCAGUGAAACUGAAAAUGCUCAGGAGAAAAUGUAUCAGCAACUGGUUAAAGAAACAAGGGAUGUUUUAGAGAGUCCCGACUUCCAUGCCGUCCUUCAUACAUGUCUGAACCGGGGAUUUGCAAAGCUGUUAGAUAGUCUAGCUGACCACUACCACGAGGCCACAGCUGACAAGCAUCAAAAUCUCCAUGAAGUUGGAAUUCCGAUGGCCAAGCUGGUACCAGUGAUGAGUGGCCUGUUGUUUAAACUGUGUAGUGACACUCCAAACCCUCUGAUUCAGGAGUUACUCCUGCUGGACCAAACUAAGACGUUGGCAGCCAAUAUUUACGAGGCGUUUAGUCAGCAAGACGAACCAGCGUUACCAGAGGAUCAGAAAAAUUGAAUAUUUCUAUAGCUGACUCAAUCAACAGUUCCUGUCUGUUCAGUCUCCCUUACAAAACAGUUGCCAAGCAGUGACAUUACAUCCAUGUGAAGUAGUAACAAGCCUAAUCUAAUACUUUAACAUUUCCAUUCAUAAAUUUGUAUUUCCUUUAUUUUGACCAAUCAGAUCUUGAUUUUCUCACAACCACAUUUUCUAACAACAAAUAUGUGGUCCAUUUACACAGAUUUGAUUAUGUAGUUAAUCAUAGAUGGAAGGGCUAGAACCCGAUUGUUUCAUUACAGUGGGAUCAGUAGAUUAGAGAGUAUUUCAUUACAGUGGGAUCAGUAGAUUAGAGAGUAUUUAUAAAGGAUUUCUAAUCCUUAGUUAAGGUAUUGUAAGUUUGAUUGUAUUUAUCCCUGAAACAAUUGAGUUUAACAGAUUUUUCUAAUUACACAAUUGAAAUCGUCUUGCAUGGUGUUUAACCAAUGAUAAAAUCAUGUAUGUGAUCUGUGUCAGAAUAAAUGCUUCUUUUAUAUUUUCUCCCCCAUGAAUAGUUUAGAGUACAGGUGUAAACAGAUUUUGUCUGGUAGUAGGGAAUACAAUGAUGAUGAUGGUAAUGAGUGGUUAGUAUCUAUGUAGAUAUAUGUGAGGGUGUGUGUAUGUGUGUGGAAGGGAAGGUGAGGGUAUGUGUAUAUAAUGAUAUGUGUGUUGUAUUAAAGGAAGGUGGGGGUGUGAAGUGGUUGCAUGUAUGGGAUGGUUGUUGAGUAAUAUGUUAAAAUUCUAUACUGUAAAGAUUUCUUAUUCAAAGGUUCAAUUUUUUUCAAUUUUUACUACAAAUUUUAAGCAAAAAAAAAAAACUUCUGUACAAUCUUUCAGCGUCUUUUUUUGACUGAUUUGAUUGAAUGUCUGAAUAUUGUGAAAAAUAAAAGCCUUGAAAAUCAUAACCUCUACAAUAGAGUACGUAGAAGUUGGAAACAUAGAACGUGUUGAUUUAAGAUACAUUUUUAUGGUCAUAAAGUCGGUUAUGUAUGUCACUGCCUGAUUGUUACAUGUUGUAAUUUAAGAAUUAUGCUAGACUAUUGAAGCUGGAGGAGAAACGUUUGUUUAAUGUCUGAAAGUAAAAUAUCUUAAAGGGCUGUACGUGUAAAAUAUGUAUAUAUAGUUCCUAAAGUAUAAUAUAUAUAUAAGUACAUUAUAUCUACAGAGUAUCAAUUAAGUUUUUUAGUGUUCAUUUCAUUUUUCCCAUAUAGAUAUACCCACUAACAUACUGUCUGUAAGACAUUUUCCCAAGGACAUAUCACAGACACUUCAGACAUUAUUGUAGAUAUAUGAGUACUAUUGUACAUUUUUACUUACAUAAGAGUCCUCUCUUACAGCUCUUAAGAACGUGAGAACUCCUAAAUUUAACUUCCCUUUUUGAUCAAUUUUGAUUACAUGCAGGUUAUAACAUGAAUAAACGGUAGUUCAUUUUCUCUGAAAUAUCCAAUUCAUGCAAAUGCUGAAAGUUUUGAUCUCAAUAUACCUACAAUGAUGUAGAUGCUUUUAUAUCUAAAUAUAAAUUUCAUAUCCAUUUUAA